AUGAAUCUAAUGAACUUCGGUCGUGAACAAUUGGACAGUGGGAUGUUGAAUAAUAUGUUAAAACAAGUGGGCAUUAAUGAUGUGGGACAAUUUGUGGAUCAAUUUCGUGGUAAAGUCAACCAAGAAGCUGCCUCAGCACAACAAUCUAACACAGCGAGUUCUCAACAGCCUGAUUUUAUGUCGAUGGGAUCAUCAUUUCUCAAUCAACUCGGUGGCGGAAGUAACAAAGGAAAGGGUAAUAGCAAUGCUGGUGAUUUAAUCGGUGGUGCCAUGAAUGCUUAUAAGAUGUUCUCUGGUGGCAAAGGCGGCAGUAGCGGAGAAGGACAGAGUGGUAAUUCUGCUGACAUGGUUAACAAUGCGAUGAAAGUUUAUAAGAUGUUCUCGGGCGACAAAGGAGCAGGUACAAGCGGCAGUGGCGCUACAGGUGGAGGUGGUAGCAUCUUUGAAUCUAUUGGCGGGGCAUAUCAGAAUAUUCAACAAGUUCAAGGUUUACUUAAAAAAUUAGAUCGUAACGGUGAUGGUAAAAUUACCAUCGACGAUAUUCAACUUAUCCUUCAGGGAUUAGGUUUGGGUUCAGUUUCCACAAAUGUAUCUAAAGCCUUGUUCAAAGCCGUUGAUCGUAAUGGAAAUGGUGAGCUUGAUAUAACCGAUGUGAUGGCAUUGGCCGCGAUUGUCAGCAAACUUCAAACUCGAUUUGGAUCAGGUGCAACUUCACAAGCUCAAACUGUUCCACAAAAUUGA